AUGUUGGCGCGUCGUGGGUAUCAAAACAUCACGGUAUACGACAGGCUGCCACGCCCCGACGACCCGUCUUCACCCACAUGGGGUAACCCGUACCGGAGUUACAACCUGGGAUUGGGGGCACGGGGCCAAAUUGCCUUGCGGGCGGCAGACGCUUGGGAGUCGAUCGAACCCUUUUGCGCCCAGGCGAUUGGGAGAAAAGACUGGACGCCAGAGCAAGGGGAACGACCGGAGCAAAUUUACACGGACAGGGAGUACAAGACACAAGUGAUACAAAGGGACCGGAUUGCCAGCUGCCUCUUGGGGGAGCUGGAAAGGAAACACGGGGACCAAGUCUCGGUCUGGCACAAUGUGGAAUGUGUGGGAUUGACCUGGUUGGACGAGGCAAAUCCUGGGCCGGAGGCGAGCCCCUCCUCCGCAGAGAUAGGGGAAAAAGGCGUCCGCCUUCGCCUCCACCGGCAAUGCGAGGGACAAGAGCUGGAGCAAUGGACAACAGAGGCACGCUGGGUGGUCGGGGCUGACGGGGUCCGUUCUGCCUUGCGCAGUGCCCUGGAAGUGAAGACAGCCCCCGGGGGUCACCAUGGACAGACACAAAAAGAACGCGUUCGUACCAUCAAACUGCCCGAACGCAACGAAUUUGUCUAUAAAAUCCUCCCACUGGAUCUCAGGCCCAAAUACGGCACGGGCCCCGGGUGGCGCCCGGAUUUGAAUUAUUCGGCACGGAGCAAAGGCGAGGUUACCAUCGAAGCGCUGCCUACACGGGAAGGGAUCUUCGUCGGGGUAGUCCUCUUCCGACCAGAUUCCUCCGCCAUAGCCAAGAUCCAAGGCAAGGAAGACGCCAGGGAAUUCUUCGCGGGCUCUUUCCCUCAGUUCCUCGACGUGAUCCGGGAGGAGGAUUUGGCACGCUUCGCGACCGGCCCGACCUUCCGCCUCCCUAGUUUUUCGUAUUGCGGUCCCAGCAUUUUCUACCGGGACAACACUUUGCUCCUGGGAGAUUGCAUCCAUUCCGUCAAGCCAUACUUCGGCCUGGGGCUGAACUCGGCCCUGGAGGACGUGAUGGCCUUGGACAAGUGCCUGUCCGAGUCUGAGGACGAUGUCAGCAAGGCCCUUCCUCUCUUUUCCUCCCGCACGGCCCCUCAAGCCAAGGCACUCGUUGAGUUUCAGGCUUCGUUCGACUACAACGCCAAUACGUUGGAAGGAUUUCUCCGUUUCGUCCUCCCGCUGAUUUUGGACGGGAUUUUCCAUCGGUAUUUCCCGGCAUUUUUCGCCCCGAACGGGAUUCGUCUACUCCAGGACCAUCGCUCCACCUUCCGACAGACGCGCCGACGGAAGCAAAGAGAUCGGAUUGGCCAAGCUGUAAUUCUCGGAGUUUUGCUGACGGGAAUAGGCAAAGGCUUAGGCUGGGCAGUGAAGGUGGCAGCGCGGAUCCUCUUGAAAGGGUAACGGUUUUUUGAAAAAGGGCAGUGUGCCGUUUAAAAAAAAAGAAAAUAAAAAUCUCUCGAUGGCAGGCGUGAAAAUGCUUGCCACCGCCUCGGCCGGGACAAAGGACCAGGCUCACGAUUUAUGAUAAAGGGGGCAGGGGAAGACGAAUGGCUACGCAUCUAUACCCCAACAAAGUAAUGACACACCAAUUCAUCGACUCUAAAAA